UUAUGAUUUAUUAUGCAUUCUUUUGUGCACACGGUGGAGCUAAUUUGAAGUACCUAUUUAUACUGGCUUAGAUAACAAUGUGAUACAUUGUGAGCUCAUCUUUUUAUAUCAAAAGUUGUCUCUGAAAUGUAGUGAGGUAGAAUUAGACUAUAUGUCCGGAAAUAGUAUGACAUUGAAAUACGUAAGUCUGACUCUGAACUGACAAAUCAUAUCCAGCCGUUGGUAGACUCCAAAACAUCUUUACAUUUAAAUUAUAGAUAUUAUAUUAUAUUAAUAUUGACUAUUAACAAUUAUUUGCCUCCUCCUGCUGCGUUAAGCCGAACUAGGAGGAACUCUGCUUGUAAAACUUUGCAAAGCCAAUGGGACACGAGGGGUGGAGAGAUGCAACUUCUGAGGGGACUUAAAGAACUAAAAAGAAAAUAGUGGCUGCUCAAACUUUGCCUGGCUGUGGAGGAGCUUGUGUAAAGGAAUGGAAAGUUCAGGACAAGAAAUUUGGGAUUUUACCUGAUUUAGGGUUCGGUCAGUCUUCCUACGGAGGCGUGCGCAUUUACGCUCUUCUAGCAACUUUUUAUCAACCAAGAAUGACAGAAGAGAACAAGUUGACAGACCAUCCGCGCAGCCCCUCAGGCAGCGACAGCUCCAUGUCCCAUCAUGGAUCUGAUUCAGAGUCCCCGACCUCUCCGGCAGGCUCCGACGCGCAGGAGGCAGCGCGCCAGCCCGGUUUUACGCACAAACCGGAGAGAAGCAUGGAGAGCAGCAUGGAGGAUGAACGCUUCCCUGCCUGCAUCCGCGACGCGGUGUCUCAGGUGCUGAAAGGUUACGACUGGUCGCUGCUACCCAUGCCUUCCCACGGGGAGAGAGGGCUGAAGAGCAAACCGCAUGUGAAACGGCCGAUGAACGCGUUCAUGGUUUGGGCGCAAGCUGCGCGGAAGAAACUGGCGGACCAGUAUCCUCAUCUGCACAACGCUGAGCUCAGCAAGACUCUGGGCAAACUGUGGCGACUUCUCUCUGAAACAGAGAAGCGUCCUUUCAUUGAGGAGGCGGAAAGACUGAGGCUGCAGCACAAGAAAGACUACCCAGACUACAAGUACCAGCCUCGGAGACGUAAGAACACCAAACUGGGACAGGGGGACUGUAGGCCCGGACUAGUCCAGCAGCAACAUCAACAGGGCUUGUAUAAGACAGAACCAGGGGUGGCUAGGUUGACUGGCGCAGGGGAGGUGCACCAUCAUUACCAUCCAGACAGGACUGGUCAGUCUCAUGGACCUCCAACACCUCCCACUACCCCUAAAACAGACCUUCAUGCAGGGAACAAACAUGAGGGCCACCGGCCCGUGGACAGCAGUGCUGGUUCCGUUCCUCCCACCACCCGCCAGAACAUCGACUUCAGUAAUGUGGACAUCUCAGAGCUCAGCACUGAUGUCAUCAGCACCAUUGACGGAUUCGACGUCCAUGAAUUUGAUCAGUACCUCCCUCCCAACAGCCACAGCUCCACUGUUCUAACCCCACCAGAUACCAGCCAUGGACAUAACAACCCUCCUGGAUCCUUCACCCUACCUAACAUCCACUCUCACUCCCACAGCCUUUCCACCUGGACACCUAAAAGUGGGACUUCCACAGGAAUGCCACCAUCCUCUUCCAGUCGUGACCCGCAUGGGCUCCACGAGGACACCAGCCAAAAACCUCAGAUCAAAACUGAGCAGAUGAGCCCAGGUCACUACAGCAGCUCCUGCACCUCCACUCCUCCACCGCCACAACCUGAGUACACCUCCCUCGGUUCUGGCAUCUGCCCUUCCUCCACUUCCUCCUCAUCUUCCACCAACCAAUCUGACUACACUGACCUUCAAAGCUCCAGUUUCUACAGCGCCUUCUCUGGGUACCCUGCCCAUCUGUAUCAGUACCCGUACUUUCACUCCUCUCGCAGGCCUUACACCACACCGCUUAUCAACAGCCUGGCCUUGGCACCACCUCCACACAGUCCUCCCUCCGGCUGGGAGCAGCCUAUCUACACAACACUAACCAGGCCUUGAAGAAGAGGAAACCCUUCAAAUGUUUGGCCACUACACAGAUUGGCACAGAACUUAUAAGACAAUGUUUGGAGAUUUUGAUGACUCAAGAAUUAAUUCCUAAGUUUUUGACCAGUAUGGAUUUCUAAAGGACAAUGCUGAUCUUUUUUGGGCAAAACUUCAAAUGGCUCAUGUUGUGCAUCUAUAUAUUGUUACAUUUGUUCAUUUUAAUGGAAAAAUAUCUGAACAAAGAUUCAGUGUUUUGACUCUUUUUUAAGUGAAAAGGAUGGAGAAAUGACAUUUAAACAUGCACUGGACGCUAAAAUGGUCCAUUAAAACUCCACACUAAUGAAAUGUUGGUAUGCGAGUAGCACCUAUUUAAGACAGGGAGUUUCAGGUUUAAUGAAAGUUUUUCCACUCUUAAUCUGGCUGAGUGAAAUAGUUUCUUUACCUUCACCCUCAAUGUGAUCCAAAGUAGACUCUGAUUAAAACUGAAGGUGUUUCAUUUUUUUCCUUUUAUGUGAAGGUUCUGCAUUAUUCUGUAAGGAUUUUUUAGCAGUGCUGUAUUAAAGCCCACCUUUGUUGAGUCCAAGACCAGGACUAGUCGCCACUGAGUCAAGACCAAGUCCAAAUGAGAGAGACAGAGUUAAGAACAAGACAUUUGGCAUCCAGGCCUACGAUUGCAAGAGACAUUGAUUGGCGGCCUGGUAAGCCAAUGUCAGUACCUGUUCUAGAUGUAUUUUGAAUUAAAUCAAUACCUGUUUUCUGAAAAAGCACGCAUCAUCAAUGAUUUUGUUUUGAAGGAGGAAGUUACUUCACAAAAAAAACCCAUAUAUUUCCGGACUCAGUUGAGACUAACUAGAAUAUUUGGCGAGACCAAUGGCCAAGUCUGAGACAAUUCUGAGUGCAAAUAUCGAGUCCAAGACAAGUCAGAGACAAUAGAAAAAAAUGUCUCUUCCGAGACAGUGUGUCUUAUUCUAAUUAAUGUUCAGUUACUCAGUGAGAGUUAGAGGAUAAGAUUCAUAAUGAUCCCAUGUCUGUACGCUAAAUAUUGCUGCCAGCUGGCCAUUAGUUUGGCUUAGCAUAAAAGCUAGAAUCACUCUGUCCAAAGGUAAAAAAAAUGACGAUGAUUUUUUAGACAAGCAGUAAAUUGUGUGUGUACACAACAAUGACAUAUCAUCACUGUUUAAGUUGAACAGGUGCUUGUUACACAUCAAACAUUAUCAUUGUAUAUCGUGUUUCUGGCCACCUGACCUGGUCACCUCCUUUUAGCUCUGUUAGCACUAUGAGAUUGAUUAAGAGAGAACUAAAACAGUAAGGUUGCAUUCGGACAGCUAAACAGUGAACUUCAACUCACUAUACAGCCAAGGGGAGCUGCAGAUUCUGGUGAGAAUUCUCUGAAGAUUCAUCCCUAUGAGUGACCCCUUUCACACACGCAUUGUUUUCACAUUGUCAUUUGAUACAUUGUUAAUAUUAAAAUAUUGAUUAUAGCUGCUUUAAGCACACUAAUUAACAUGUUCAAUAACACAGACAUAUCAUAACUGUGCUAGGUUAUCUUUCAGCCGGACUACCUAGAGUCUUGUUCUAACCCCUGUGGAACCACAACUUUGGGGGCUUUCUGUAUGAAUUGAACAAACAGGAUAUAAUGUGUUCAUUAGCAGGCUGAUAGACAAAUUAAUUCACCUUUGGAUAAGCCAAAGCUGUUAAACCUCGUUUCUGGUCUUAAUGCUAGCUAAUAAAAACCGUCUCCUUGUA